AUGGAGAACGCGUCGACGCAGCAAGGUGCUGUCAAGGACUGGGCGCGCCAAGUGAAGGGCUACGUCGACCAGGCUUUGCUCAUCUUCCUGGAGCACCGCAAGCGCGAGGUUUCCUUCGCGGUGCCCGCCCAGUGUCCUUUGAUUGCGCCGUUGGCCAUCACUGAUGCUGCCUCUGGCGCUAACCUCGCUUCGUUUCGCGAGGUCAUGGACUUCGACAACCUGGUUGCGAGCUUCUUCCGCACCAAGGAGUACGAGGCAGCGGGGGCGGUGUGGAUGUUGGACCCGGUUUGCGCGGACAUCGACGACGUCACCGUAAGUCAGCUCGAGGGUGCCAUGAGCAUCUGGUCGGAGGAGACGUUCCUCCCCUCUUCCAGGCGCGCGCCCUCGCGGCGCCCGACCUUCGACGCGCCUCCCCCCGCCUCGGUGGUCGACGCUCAGGUCGCCCAGCGCCUUGAGCCUGGCAAGCCUGGAGCAUGCUUGACAGAGCCUCUGGCCAUGAUCGCGGGCCGCGCGGUGGUGAUCACGUGGUAUUCUGCCAUGAGCGAGGCGCUCAAGGAGUCCAACGAGGACCGCGUGUGGCAUCUGAUGCGCGCGCUGCCCGAUGCGGACGCGACCCACUUGGCGGCCCUGAGUUUUGGAGAGAAGAUGUUCACUGCGAGUGCUGCCUCCGGCGCAGAUAGCUUCUGGCGGUUCGCAGAAAAAGCGUGCCGCUUGACAAACGUGCGCGCCAGUCUCGCCAAAUCGGAAGCAGUGGCGAAGCUGGAGGCUGCGCUGAAGGCCUACGGCCUCCAGUUCAGAGGGAAACCGUGCACCGCCGCAACUGCCGCGGCGCUGACAGGUUUGCACACUUUCGUCCUCGACAGCGCCUGCGCUUCGCCUACGCUUCUCAUGAAGAUCGGCUUCGCAUGCUCCAAAAGGGCUGUCUCUGACGACGAGGCCAGGGAACUGUUCGUUUUCAUCCUGAACACUUUCCGCGCGGCCCGCCUGGCGGGCGACGCCCCGAAGGGCGAGAAACUGGCCGUGAGCCGGGUCUGCGGGCGCGAUUGUAAAUCGCCAGGGAUGCUCCGCGCGCUUUUCAAGAAAAAGGAGCUCGUCGAGUACAUUUUCCACGAGGCUUCCCUCAUGCGCAAGGAACAUGGGCGCAAAAUGGCCGCGUUCAAAACACCUCUCCGCAUCCUCCAGCGGUUCGCUGCCUCUGGCGCGGAUGGGCUCGUGGCUUCGCAUCGCGUGUCCGACUCAGGCGGCGGCGCCGACGGGAUGGAGAUAUUGUUCGCGCUCCCCGUGGCUGAGUAUCGGAACGCCGUGGAUUGCAAGUCGAAGGCGAUGAUCGACGUCGCGCGGCCUCUGUGGUCGGGCGCUUUCGACGAAGAAAUCGUCGAGCUUGCCAAGCAGGAGAUUCAGAACAGCGCGCCUGCGUUCGCCUGGCACACGUACCUCGCCGAGACCAGCCAGGAGGUGGGUGCCAAGUACCGCGCUUUCGUGGCCGCCUGCACGGGCGGGCCGAUCCCCGCCGACCCCGAGCUGGAUGCAAAUCUCGGCUUGUUGGGGGUGUCCGAGCUCGGGGAAGAACAACAGGAAGGGCUCGCCAAACUCCAGAAGCAGCUCAAGCUUUUUCUCGAGAACAGUGAAGUUCGUCAGUUUGCCAUCUGUCGGCGCUGCCUCUGA